CGAUCUCCUCGGCCCGCCCAGUCCUCUCCUAAGAAACGUGCUCAUAAUGGGGUGACCUAAUUACAUCGCAAUGGAACUCCCUCUUAGCCACUCGGCGCACCGGGUUUCAUAAUAGACCCGGCGGCCUCGAGUGCCGAGAAGGGACGUGCAAGGCUGACGGGGCGGCGGGGCCCGCGUGGAAAUAGGAAAGAAACACAACCCCACAAUUUCCGCCUGGGUCUUCACUCCAGCACCCAGGCGAAGGCGCAGGGAGCGGGUGUGGAACACGUUAGCAACUUUUUAUCUGGGUGGGCAGGGGACAUCCAAACCUAACAGUACAUAAAGGCAUGUUUUACCGUUUUUAAGAGAGUAAUACUAGAUUGAGGGCCUUUCUGUUUCGUGGACCCCAUGUUCCCUCCCGCCCAAACAGAGCAGCGUGACAAGCCAUAUGUUCCGUUCCCGUGGGGGCCGGGGAGAAGCAACAAUAAGUUAAAAGUGUCACCUCCCUCCACCUUCGUUCUUACCAAAGUAACUUUUUUCAUUGUUCUAGCGUCUGAAGGUGUGUGUGGCGGGGAAGAGGGGGAAGGUUGCGGCGCGGCCCAUAAGUCAGAGCGCGAGUGGAAAGUCAUGCGUUGCUCGGUGUGUUUUUUGGGGAAGGGAAGUAGAGGCAGGGGCGUUCGUGAAGGAUUCAGGGUUUCCUUUAGUAAAAAGUGUAAAUAUUGGAUGCGUUUAAGAAACGCCACGCCUAGGCCUGUUAAAACAAACGGCCCGGGCUGUGGUCUUUUUCCGCGAUGCCUCCCCCUUCCCGCCCACACUCGGAGUGCUGCGGCUGCAAAGCAAGCGCGAGUGUAGACGCGUGCGGCGCGCUAAAUCGUGCAGCGCUCGCCCCCGCCAGGCCGGGUCCUCCUGGGGAAAAAGUUUCCCCAGUCCACCCCACCCCAGCCCCGCUGAAAAAAAAAAAAAAAAAAAAACAACCCAAAAUUUAAAACCCUAGACUUAGACGUUUUGUGCGUCCCAAAUUUUCAGUCUGCUCGCCCUGCCGAGUUUGCGGAGGGGAGCCGAUGCGGAAGUCGGGAAAAGGUAAGCAGUGCGGGCACUUGGAGAAGUUUCAAGGGAGACCAGCUCAAGAUGGAAACCGCAGCCUGGGCGCUAAGGACGGGCUUCGGCUCCCGCUGGCAAAAAGAGAAAGUCGAGCCCGCCUUCCUGCCCGACAAAAAAACAACACAACAACAAGAACCCCGAAGGGGGUGGAAUGAGUGAUGUCACAGAGCCGCGCUCCGAGGUUGACAAAGGGGGGGGCGCGCACCUCCCCCUCUGCGCCGCGCGCGGCCCCACAGGGGCGCCUGAAGCUCCGGGGAGCAAAGCCAGCGGACUCGAAACUUUUCCUCUUUAAGAAAAAAAAGUUGUACGAGGCUCGGAGCGGGUUUUUUUUUUUUCCGCCUUCUUUCCUCGUCUCCCCUCCCCCUUCUUCCUUUUGAAAGUUUCUACCUCCCACCCCCCCUUAGCUUGACCGCAUGGCUGAUUCAACCUCAGUGUCAAUCAACUUUUUUUCCCUCCUCUUCCUCAUUUAAAUAAGUUUAAAGCUCCUCCUCCCCGGCCACUCUGAAACUUUAUAAAUUGGGCUUUCCGCGCCGCAGCCCGAGAGUCAGAAAGGCGAGGGGCGCCGGGAGCUGGCGUGUGGGACUCCAAACCCGAGAGCCGGAGGCUGCGCCUUCCCCGCACCGGGACCUUCGCGACACACCAGAUACUCGCCUCUGCCCCGUGCGAGCGCCCAGGAUGACCACCACUCUCGUGUCUGCCACCAUCUUCGACUUGAGCGAAGUUUUAUGCAAGGGUAAUAAGAUGCUCAACUACAGUACUCCCAGUGCAGGGGGCUGCCUGCUGGACAGGAAGGCAGUGGGCACCCCUGCUGGGGGGGGCUUCCCUCGGAGGCACUCGGUCACCCUGCCCAGCUCCAAGUUCCACCAGAACCAGCUCCUCAGCAGCCUCAAGGGUGAGCCAGCCCCAGCUCUGAGCUCUCGCGACAGCCGCUUCCGAGACCGCUCUUUCUCAGAAGGGGGCGAGCGGCUGCUGCCCACCCAGAAGCAGCCCGGGAGCGGCCAGGUCAACUCCAGCCGCUAUAAGACUGAGCUGUGCCGCCCCUUCGAGGAAAAUGGCGCCUGUAAGUACGGGGACAAGUGCCAGUUCGCACACGGCAUCCACGAGCUCCGCAGCCUGACCCGCCACCCCAAGUACAAGACGGAGCUGUGCCGCACCUUCCACACCAUCGGCUUUUGCCCCUACGGGCCCCGCUGCCACUUCAUCCACAAUGCCGAAGAGCGCCGUGCCCUGGCCGGGGCCCGGGACCUCUCCGCUGACCGUCCCCGCCUCCAGCAUAGCUUUAGCUUUGCUGGGUUUCCUAGUGCCGCUGCCACCACCGCUGCCACCGGGCUGCUGGACAGCCCCACCUCCAUCACCCCACCCCCCAUCCUGAGCGCUGAUGACCUCCUGGGCUCACCUACCCUGCCCGAUGGCACCAAUAACCCCUUUGCCUUCUCCAGCCGGGAGCUGGCGAGCCUCUUUGCCCCUAGCAUGGGGCUGCCCGGGGGUGGCUCCCCGACCACCUUCCUCUUCCGGCCCAUGUCCGAGUCCCCUCAUAUGUUUGACUCUCCCCCCAGCCCUCAGGAUUCUCUCUCGGACCAGGAGGGCUACCUGAGCAGCUCCAGCAGCAGCCACAGUGGCUCAGACUCCCCCACCUUGGACAACUCAAGACGCCUGCCCAUUUUCAGCAGACUUUCCAUCUCAGAUGACUAAACCAGGGUCUGCAGGAAGGCAGGCUGAAAAAGUGGACGAAGAUUUUGACUUAAGUGGGACUUUGUGAUUUAAUUUUUUCUUUUUUUAAGUGGGGAGGAAGGGGACGCUAGAUGGACUAUGAGAGACUUGAUUUUGGUGCUAAAGUUCCCCAGUUCAUAUGUGACAUCUUAAAAAAAAAAAUAACAACAAAAAAAAAUGAGAGAAAAGCUAAAAAAAAAAUGUAAGGGGUGAGCAGUUAAUGGUAUUCAUUCCACAUACAAUAUCUGUGUAAAACGAUUUCCUGUAGAAGUAGCUUUAAUGGUUUUUGCUCUAGAAUACCGUAGGUCUAUCCUUAGAGCACUCACGCCAUGCUUUUUUCCCUUGGUUUUAAACUUCAUAUAACUUUCAGAAAUUGGAGAGCAAAAAUUUUGCUUGUCACUGCACAUCAAUAUAAAAAAGCUUAUUUAACUUAUCAAAACGUAUUUAUUGCCAAACUAUGCUUUUUUUGUUAAUUUUGUUCAUAUUUAUCGGGAUGACAAAUCCAUAGAAUAUAUUCUUUUAUGUUAAAUUAUGAUCUUCAUAUUAAUCUUAAAAUUUUGUGACGUGUCUUUCCUUUUUUUCCACAGUUUUAAUAUAUUAUUCUUCAACGACAUUUUUGUAACUUUACACUUUUUUUGGUUAUUUUAUUUUAAAAAAAUGAAAAAUUAAUUUAAAAAAAUGCAAAAAACUGUUGGAUUAUUUAUUUUAGAAAUUCCCCCCUUUGUGUUGGACUGCAAAUUGAGUUUCUUUCUCUUUAGGCCUUUUACAACUAGGACUGAGAAUGUAUGUAAAAGUUCUGUGACAGUACAGAAGGAAAACAACUUUUUAUGUAUAGCUUCUAAAAGGAAAAAAAAAAAAAGAGAGAAAACCCUUUGACUUCCACGUGCCCAUCUCAAGACAUUCCACUCGCAGAUUUGAGGUUCUGGAUUCCAGGUUUGGAGUUUUCCAAUGUUAAUGUAAACAGAACUGGCACACACACAUAAGAUGAAUGUAAUUAUUAUUCCUCUUGCUGGUCACUACCGUCGCUUUCUAUUUCUCUUUCUUUGUGUGAAUUUAUUUAAAAGAAAAAAACUUUUUGUAACGACUAUUUGCAGUUUAAAAAAUCAAUAAACCCCGUUUUUUCAAGAAA